AUGGUUGCAAGUACUCUUGGUGGCGCCAGCCAUAGUACCCCAGUUGAACAAGCGCCAGAAAACGGCAGGGUGGAAGAUGCCAGACAAAGUAUCACCACUCUGCAAAUAGUCAAAAAUAGCAGCGGUAGUGCCUGCCGUAGGUCUCCGGACGAACAACCAACAACCAGAAAAUCGGCGGCCGUUGCAGGCAGCAAUUCCGCAAAGCAGCAAAGAAAACCCUCCUGCGUGGUCAUGAGACAGAUGUACCAGAAGGCGCUGGAUAUGUUAGAUAAAAUUGACAAAAAUGCAGCGGCCGGUGCGACAGAUCGUGCAUCCACACUCGAGGCCACCGAAACAAAGAAACGGAACCGCCCUUAUAAUGAAGGCGGCCAAGGGGCCAUUACAAAGAAGGCUAAGCAAGGAGGUGAUGCGGAGUCUGCAGCAACCGCGAAGCAUCGCUAUUUUAGUGACGUCGCCAGAGACCACCUACAGGCGGCGAUAGUAGAUGAAAAUAGCAAGACACCGCUGGCAGUACAGCAGAAAUGGGUGGAGAUUGAUGUGAGGCUGUCGAGCCUCGUAAUGAACUACGUACUCGACAACCCCGAAGGUCCUUACCCAGAGUUCGACUCGUCGGAAUCCCUACGGGGAUACCGGGUAGUCAAGUGCGCGGACCAGUUUUCCCUGGAUUUCCUUGCUGGAUGCGUCGCUAAGAUCAGCGACUUUUUUGUCGGCUUGAAGCUCAAGCUGAUCUCAGCUAAGGACAUUCCAAGGAGACCACGUGCGCGCAUUUGGCUGCCUCCGAUGGAUGAACCAGGCGAAAAGUUGCUGCGGUGUCUUAAGCUACAUAAUAAAGACAUACCGGCGAUCGAGGAAUGGGAGCUUAUAAGGGUUGAAGAGCGAAGAAGGCCUACAAAUAAGAACAUUCUGCUAGCUAUUUGCGCAGAAUCACUAGACGCCUUAGAGAAGGCUGACUAUCGGCUUCUUAUCAAGAACGGUAUAAAUGCAUUCCUUGGCUCUAAUUUCAGCACAUCAGAAUCAGAUAAAUUAUAG